AUGGCACAGCAACCGUCAGAUUGGCAGAAACAAAUUACUGAAAGUUUAAUCAACCAGCAGCGAUCCACCACGCCACACUCGAACGACACGGGUGAAUUUACACCUCCACCUCGACCAAGUACAGAAACCACUGUACCAGAUGACGAGAAACGCUACUCGCCCCUGAUUUCGCCCUUGCCACCCAAUGCCGUCGUAUUCAAACAUUCAGAUCCCAACAACGAUUCGUCGUUCAAUCGAUUCAUUGAAACAGAGUACGGCCCUGUGCUCCAUAAUCGACUAUCCGAAGGAUCGUUGAAACAACAGCAGCAACCUAGCAACACUGGGGUUGUCCACAACAAGCAUUCGGACUCGACUUUGCGUAACUCAAAGCACUAUGACAACGACGGCGACGAGAACCUGGCAACGUUUUGGACAGCACUCGCCAAGGACCUGGACACAAAGAAAAAACAGCAUAUGCAGCAAGCUUCUGUCAAGCACAACUCGGACUGGUACCAAGGAUACGAUUACAAUGCCACCGAGAGCAAUGGCUUACCGGCUCCUUGGUGGGUCACCAAGCACGAUGAAGAUGGCAUAUAUUCUGUGGGUGCCUUACUAUUCAUCAUUGGAUUCAUAUGUCCGCCUCUUUGGUGGGUUGGCGCAGUGUGGCCGCGGAGGCCGCGUGAACGUGGCGGCAAAAUGGCUGAACGGUGGCAAAAACUGAACCGUAUCAUGUCCAUUGGUUUCAGUGUUGUAUUAAUUCUUGCAAUUAUCAUUUGUGUUGCAGUCUGGAAGAGCAGCUAA